GCUCGUGGGUUUCGAACGAAAGACGUAGAGAGAGAGAGCCGAGCUCCUCUUGUGAUUUUUUCUUCAACUCAAAGAGGCUGACGGCGCCCUCAUGCCUCUUCUACAGGGCCAGCCGUUUAGGCUGAUCAAGCCCCCGGAAACUGUGGCAACGGGGACGGAACUCUACAUCAUCCAGCACACAGGAGAGAAGUUUAUUUCGAAGAGUGACUAUGAAGACAGGCUUGCUCUCUACAGCCAAAGCAUUUGGACUUGCCAGUGUAGCGGGAAAUCUGGCCUAACUCAUCAAGAAGCCUGGACAAGCGAGUCAAAAGUUCGAGUCAUGUUAUCAUCGUCUUUUCCAGCUCCAUUAUGGUCUCCAAUUCUGCAUUGCAUCCAUCACAGCACCCAACCUUUGGACCAACUUGUUGAAACUACAGCUGCACUGUGUUUAUCAAAAUAUCAUGAAGGGGAAGAACUAACUUAUUUGAACCCACCGACACAGGUUCGUGUGGUCUCGUCUAGGGAAGCUCCAGUUUUGCUUGAGGUAAAUGAAUCCAGCUCUGAGAAGCAGAGAGAUUCCAGCCCAGAAAAACCUAAGGCUAUGGACAGUCAGUUGUCCAGUUCUCUUUCGACUCCUCUAACCAAUGGAUGUUCUAACAGCAACCGUGACGGAGCCUCCCUCAAUGGAACUAGUAAUGGCUCUACUUCCACAGAGGAGGGUAGUCCUUCAGGCAGCACUAAACCAAAGGAUGACUCCCCUGCAAAAAAGAAAGGAAUGCUUCCCCUCUUAUAUGAAGUUCUUGUCAUUGGUGAAGAUAGGAAAAUCAAGGAUGUCCCUUCUAAGGACUUGCAGAGAACAUACAAAAUACCCCCAAAGGAGCACUUUCGUCUAUUUAUCCGAGCUAAUGCCUUGAGGCAGCGUGCCAGUGCAUUCACUCCUUGGAUUGUAUCUGAAGACUUGGUCAAGCAGUACAACAUACCAAGUAAACUUGCUUCCGUAUUUACCCAGCCUUCUUUCAACUUCAGCAGCAAAAAGAGGAAAUUAGACCAGCCAGUGGAAAAGGUGAAAAAACAGAAGAGUGAGGACAAUAAAAAGAUCAAAUCUGAAAAGGAGAAAAUUAAGAAGGAGCCAAAAGAUCCAGUCAAGAAGGAGCCAAAAGAUCCAGUCAAGAAGGAGCCAAAAGAGCCCAUCAAGAAGGAGCCAAAAGAUCCAAAUGCUCCCAAAAAGAAGCCUGGUCCAAAGCCAGGUUUCAAGCGAACUCCUAAAGCUAAAGUGAAUGCAGUUGCGCCUGUACCUGUUAAAUCUGAAACUCCAGUAAAGAUGGAAACUAGUGACAGUGAUGAUGAUAUUUCUUUGGCAGCACUUGCCAGCAAGUCUCCUAAAUUUGAAGCUAAUAGUACAAAACUUGAGAAGACACCAGAGAAAGUUAAUUUACCCAAACCAUUGAAACGAGAACCAGAGAAAGAUACACAACCAAAUAAGAAAAUGAAGCAAGCAACACUAUUUGAUCUUAAAUCCUCAAAAACUCCUGUAACCAGCAGUGGUACAACUGGUUCUCCAAAGAAGUCACCUCAAAAAAGGGUCAUAACCCCAGAGACUGUGAUGCGAAUGCCAGUGAUGAGAAGAUUACUCCACCAGCGAAAAAUGUACAAAGGUGUUCGAGGAAUGGGAAGGAAAAUUGUUUACAUUAUGGAUCAAGCUCUCAACAAGCUCAGCCUUAAGCAUAUAGCAGCAAUUCCUGAUCAAGAACUGCACGAUGAGCUAAUGAAACGUCGAGAAAAGGUAAUGGAAAAACGCAUCUUAGCCACAAUGAGUACAGAAGAUAGGGAGGCAUAUCUUAAACAGAAGUCUUUAGAAGAGAAGAAAAAGAAGCAGCAGACAAAGUUUGUACAGUCCCUCAGAAUUCAGGAGCAGAACAGAAAGUUAGAGGAUAAAGUUCUUAAAGAUAUCAAGCCUUUGCCUCCACCCACAUUAGUUCCUACUCCUGAGGACAUUCCGAAUUCUUUAUUCGGUGACAUCACCAUGAUUGUCGAGUUUAUAGAAUGUUAUCGAGACAUUGUGCUGACCGACAAAAAGAAAUCUAUAUCUUCUCAGCACCUAAUGCAAGCCUUGUCUGCUGGGAAGAAUGGUUUUAAAUUUAUAUCAGAAAUUAUGGUAUUAUUGCUUCACAUAAUCAUCGAUGAUGAACGAAUAGGUGACAAUAAAGAGCUUGGUGUCAAGAUAAGUGAGUUAGCAGUGCAUUACCAGACUGCUAUGGAACUUGCACGUCUUUGUUUGAGUAAAGGAGGUGGUUCAGAUAAUGUGAGCCAGCAUUCUGAUGACAAUGAGUUUGAAGAAGAAUGUGAAUUGCCGGAAGGACUGUUGAAAAAGCUGGACACCCAUGAACUAUAUGAGUUGCAAGCAGAAGAAAUCAUAGAAGUACUGCGGGCACUUUGUCAUCGGGCGAUGGCUUCCUAUACUUGUUUGGAAUAUUUUGAAGAUAUUGAGGAAAAAACUGCUGUCCUACACAAGCAAUAUAUGCAGAUCAAGAAGGAGUAUAACAAACAAGAACUAAUAAAAAAGAAAGAGAGAAGAGAGGCGCUGUUAAAAAAAAGAAAGGAGAAAAAAAACAGUUCUCCCCGAAAAAAUUCUGGACGUCCAAAGAAGCCAAUGAAUACCCUAGAGAAUUUCAUCAAAAAAGAAGAACCUGCGGAACCUGUGGAACCUGCCAAGGAAGCAGAAGAGGAGGAAGAAUGUCCAGAUAUUAUCUCAGUCGUCAAGCGAAAAAGAAUGACCGCUGAGGAGUUGCUGAAAGAAAAGGAGGAACAGUCAAAGGAACUGAGAGAACAGCGUCUUAAAGAGGAAGAAGAGAUGAGAAAGCAGCAAAUAAUUCUUGCAUGGGAAAAAAUAAACCUUCAGAAAGAAACAUUAGCAAGACUUCAGCCUCUAGGUGUUGACCGGAAUCAUGACAGAUACUGGCUUUUCAAUUGUACAACUCCUGGUCUUUACAUAGAGAAAGGGUGGGUUGAUGUAAAUACAACAUACUGUGUUAAGAAUACAAGUCCAAGGAAAGAUUCUGCAGGUGCUCAGUUAGAGGCAGGAAAAUCCUCUGAUAUGGUAUCCCCUUCUGCUUUGGAAAAGUACCCUAAGGCUGCAGCACAUAUACCCAAUCUUGCAUCUAAGGAAAAAGAUACUUCAUUAGCACCCCCUGUGUCAGGUACUCCAGUAACUAAUGGUAUACCUUUGAAACAAAGUAAUAUUAAUGGUACGGGAGUCAUAUCUCAGUCUUCACCUGCAGUUGAUAGUGCAGCAGUGAAUUCAAGCCCUGUAACUCACAGUGGCAGUAAUGCAGCAGUGGUUACAUCAGUUAGAGGGACAUUAAUGCAGCCUUCACAAGACAACCCUGUAUCUGCAGGCAGUAUAACAGUUUCACCAGCCUCUGAUUCCAAACCUCUUGUUCAUGGCUCUGGAUCUGAAAAUGGUGUCACUUCUGUUGUGCCUGGUUCUAAUUCAGGAAAAAAUGACACUGCUGUGGUGCUCUGUUCUCCUUCAAAAGGCAGUACUACACCUGUAAAACCUAAAUCUGGUAUAGAUAGUAGCGUAAUGACUUCAGUACAGAUGUCAGAGUCUGACUGCAGAGUCCCUAAAGUUAUGUAUGGUUCAGGAAGCCCAUCUGAUGGUCCAUCGGCACCACGAUCCAAUAUGGCAAGUUCUGUCUCUUCAGAUAACCAGACAUCUGGAAAAUCCAGUAAAUGUGAUCAGACAGAACCUGUCACUGGUUUAAUUUCUGUUAGUCCUGUAAGUUCUAUAUUAUCUCCGCAAAUGUCUUGUCAAAAGACAGUGGCAUCGGUGAUACUCCCAGAAUGUGACUCAGAUUCUGAUGAAAAACCCCUUGCUGCUGUCAAAAAGCAGUUAGAACUUGAGGCAGAAGACAGACCAUUGUCAGAUGUAAAAAGGCAGUUAGAACUUGAGGCAGAAGACAAACCAUUGUCACUCAUCAAGAAAGAACUUUCUGAAAGUCCCUCAAAGGUACGACCUCGAGGGAGACCUCCAAAACCUAAAGUUGAUACUCCACCACGUCCUCGCGGAAGGCCUCCAAAGGAAAAACUAUCUGGGGAAGAAAAAGUUCAGCGCCCUCGAGGGAGACCUCCCAAGUCAAAGAACCCAGAUGAUGGAACUCCUGUGAUAGCUGGGGAAGGAAGUCCAGGGAAACGUGGGAGACCAAAAGCCCUUCGCCUCAUUAAUGAUGAUGAAACUUUUCCUCCAGUUGGGCAAAAUAUGUGGUUCUUCUACAACUCUUUGGAGGAAAUUGAUGCACUUUUGGAAUCUUUAGCUGUCAAAGGUUUGAGGGAGUCUAAAUUAAAAGCAGCUAUCACGCAGGCCAGAAAACAAAUGGAAACAAAUUUUGUUAAAGAGUGGCAGCCCCUUGAAGAUUUAGUAGAUGGAUCUGUUCAACUGUUGGAAACACUAAGGGAAGAUAUAAUCCAGAUCGAAAAGGAGUUAAAUGAAGGAUGGCUUGGUAGUGUUCCAGAUCCCGAAGCUUGGGAGAAGAAAGCAAAUGAGGCUGGCUCUGUCCAAGAACUUGGAGAAUGUUUGAUUGAAGCGCAGCGACACAUACAGAUAAAGUUCUUAAAAGGCAUCAUGAAGCCUAUCCGUAAACCGAUUCCUUCCGAAAACCCUGAAGCACAGCAAGAGUAUGAAGAAGUGGAGGGAAGUUCUGUACAACAGUGGAGGGAUGCUGUUAGCAGUUGUUCAACGCUGUCACGUCUACAUCUGUUGGUGGGCAUGUUUGAUUCAUGCAUUAAAUGGGAGAAAUCUAUGGCUACAAAGAAAUGUAAGGUAUGCAGGGCGCAGGACACUUCGGUUCCAUUAGCAAUAUGUGACAAAUGCGAGGGUAGCUACCAUUGGAGAUGUCUGCGUCCUCAAAUCAGUGAAGAACCUCCAGAGCCUUGGCUUUGUCCUGGCUGUCAACCAAGUAAAAACAAAGAAAGAAGAAAAAUAACAAGAAACCAGCUUGAAGAGGAACGAGAAGAACCAAUGUCUACAGAAUUUAAGCAAGAGAAAAUAUGCCGAGUUUGUGAACGGGGCAUAGGGCUAAUAUUUUGUUCAAAUUGCCCAGCUGCUUAUCACUCUGAAUGCCAUGAUCCACCACUUCAGACCCGAGCAAGAAAAGACUGGAAAUGUGUUGACUGUCAAAAGCCCAGGAGUCGUUCUAGCCGUGCAUCUGCAUCUGCAAGGCAAGAGCUUUCAAAAGAGAAAGAACUGCCAAAGAAGGAGCCAAAAAGCAAAACUAAAGCUGUAGUUAGUAAGGAAACUACUUCAAGACGCUCAUCCAGCAGAAGAUCCAAAUACACAGAAGUUGAAGAUGACUUUGAGGAGGAAGAGGAGGAGCCUGCACCAGAAGAAUCAUCUGAAAAUGAUGACAGCCAGGAUGAAGAUUUUACCACCAGAAGGAAGUCAACGAGGAUUCGAAAAACUGUUAAUCCACCAAGAAGAACAACCAGUCGUUGUAUCAAGAAAAAGUCUUACAAAAUUGAGAGUGAGGAGGAAGAAGAGGAGGAGGAAGAGUUAGCAGAAGAGGAAGAGCUAGCAGAAGAGGAAGAGGAAGAAGAGGAACAAGAAGGUAGUGAAGAUGAGCAAGAGGAAGAUGAAGAACAAGGAAGUGAAGAUGACCAAGAAGAGGAAGAUGAAGAGGAGCAUAAUGAAGAUGAUGAUGGAAAGGAGGAGGAGGAAGAUGAUGAUGGAAAGGAGGAGGAGGAAGAAGAAAGAGAGGAUGAUGAAGAAGAAGAGAAAGAGGUGGAUGAAGACGACGAGGACGAAGACAGCGAAGUUGAAAUAGAUGAAGACGACGAAAACCAAGAUGAGAAGGAAGAAGAGGGUGACUCAGCAGAAGAUUGAGUAGUUCAUCUUUGAUUAGUGGAUGGUUUGCACGGUAAUAUGUAACCAACGGGUGAUUUCUUCUCAGUGGAAGUAUUUCUUUAUUGAUAACAUUUUCAGUUAGACAUGAGCAGGUUUACUAUAACCUCUUGAAAUUAUGAAGCAGUCAUUAUUACUGCUGCUACUUCACUAUCGAGUGUUCUUACAAGACAAUCUGAUGUGCUUUGCUCUGCAAUAGUAGGUAAUUGAAAAGUUGAAAAUUAUUUUUAUCCAAUGUAGUGCAUAUUCAUUAAAUAUAUCUGGUAAAUUAAAAAGAAAAUGUCCCUUUUUUCAGCAGAAAAUUUGGUUUAUGUAAUAAACUAUUUAAGAUGCUUGUUUACUGUUGGGGCUAAUAAGGGGAAAUGGGACUGCACCUCAGUGUCACCUGCAUCUAACACUGAAACACCCAAAUGCUGCAGGAACUGAUUUUGUGUUAUAUAUUUUGGCUGUUGGAUUAUUCAAGGUUUCAUGCCAAAGUUAGUGAUAGUUUACCAUGACUCCAAUUUAGUUUAGUACAGUAAUAAUCUCGCAAAUUUUUUAAAUACCGGUGUUGGAUAUCUGUAAAAAUCAGUUUUACAUGGUAUAAGAGUAGACUGAACUUAAUCUGUGUAUUUGUGUUUUAGUAAUUUUACUAUUUAGGUUUCAUUUAUAUAUAAAUAUAUCAGUGUACAGUGUAAUACCUCUUAAUGCUUUCUUUUAAUCAAGAUGACUGUAUAUUGUAUCUAACAUUCCAGGUAUUCAUCAGUAGUGCAUGGAGUAUAGUAUUGAUAUCUAGCCAUAGAGGUACUUAAGAUGGUAACUAUUUGUCAAAUGUUAGGGUGUAGAAUCUAAUUGAGUAGAGAAACACCCAGCAUAUCUUAGUGGAUUUUAUGAAUACUGCUUCCAUCUUAAUUAUAGAGCAAAGAAAUAUGAAGUGCUAUUAUUCCCUUCUAAAAGUCUUCAAAAUCUUAAUGUAGAACAAAAUUGAUUCUUAUUUGUGUGCAGUGAGGAUUCAUCUGAUAUUUUUUUUGUGAGAAAAAUAAUUGUAAAAUGCAUCUAUUUUGUGAUACUUGUGUAAAUAACCUUUAGUCCUAUUUAUUAUACUAACCACAGUAAUAGAGUGCACUAGAAAAUAAUUUCUGUAUUUAGUCCAGUUUCUGCCAUUUCAUCUGCUUAUGGUAGGGUGGUGGAUUUUGGUCUUGAAACUAUGAAAGAGAUUAAACAACAAUGUAAAGGUAUUGUCAUCUACAUCCAACAGCACUUAGAUUUAAACGGUUAUCAGGAAUAGUAUGCUCUUUGUUUGAAAUAUUAACUAAAAGUUCUUUACUAGUAUCUAAUCUGUUUGGUAAUUGCAGCUCUUUAAAGAUCAUUUUUUGCAAAGGCAAAACUUUUGUUGUGGUAGAAUGUGUUUUUGUGCUCCUCAGCAGUGAUUUUAAAUAUCAGUAGAAAAAGUCUCCAUCAUAUGUCAUGCAAUGAAUAAUGCUUAGAAAUUUAUUUCUGGAGGUCAUCAUAUUCCAGUGAGGAAUUAAUUUGCAUGAUUUUACUCUUGAAUAGUUUAAUUGAUAGCUUUGGUGUAUGGGUUAAGGGAAUAAUUGUCAUUAGAUUAGAUAUUGUUUAUAGUGAUGGAGAAUCAGUGUUCCCCUUUCUGGUACUUUAGCACUGCAUCAUUGCACAGGAACUUUAGCAGUCAUUGAUUAGCAUUUCUAUUGUCUUUAUUUCAUGUGUAGUUUGCAGACUCAAGUCAUGACAUACUCAACAAGAAUAUAUUGCAACAGAUAAGCUUUUUACAAUUUCAGUUCACAGCUCCCUGAAGCAGAGGUCAGUAAAGUUUUCCAUUGUAGAUUUACCGUAACAUUUUGAUAAGAAAGAAAAAGUGCACAUGUAUUAUAUAUAUAUACAGGGAGUCCCCGGAUUAUGGCGGGGGUUCCGUUCCCAGCAGGCCGCUGUAAACUGAAAGUAGCCUUAACCUGAAUUAUCAUAAUUAUAAUGGGAAUAAAUAGCAACAACACUGUAAGUCUGGGUUACAACCCUGUAAAGUGGGUUAACAGCUCCAUGAGGCAAGCGCCUUAAGUCCAGAACGUCUUGACCCAAACCUGAUGUAACCAAGGGACUGCCUCUAUAUAUAUGUAUGUGUGUGCGCUUAAAAAAUCACAGUAGAUGCACGUGACUUCAUUAAAUAAGUGAAUACCAGAGGAAAAUGAUAGGCAAAAAUGUCUUAGUAAAGACGAAAGCGUUUGGAUUUACAUACAUACAUACACCUAUAAAGGCAGUCCCCGUUUAUCAGUGAUGCGGUUUUAUGGCACUUGUCUACCAACAACAGUAACUGAAUUUUUGGCGCCAAGCCUUGGUUAUUGGUGGCGCACACCCUUGGUUAUAUGUAUGUAUAAUAUUAGAAGAAAUAAAAUAGAGAACUGCAAAAGUAAGUUAUUUUUAUUUGUUGGACAGGAAUAUCAGCAUUACAAAGCAUAAAAACACACCAACAAAUAAAGAUAUGCACAGCUGAGUUUAGGACUAUGUAGCAGCUUAUUUGAAGUAUUGUGCAUAUACCCUUACCGCUACAUAAAACUCAUGAACCAUGUAAAGUUGUAUGUAGGGUUUGUGCACAGUAAUUCAAAUAAGAUGCUACCUGGUCCUAAGCCUAAGGGUGACAUACAUUUGUGGUUGCUUGGUUGUUUUUGUGCUUUGUAUUGCUGACACCCCUGUCUGAUAAAUAUAACUAAUUUGAUGCAUUUUUUCUAGUUUAUUCUUCUAAUACAUUAUUUAUGCAUUUGCUAUUCACUUUUGUUUGAUGUGAUUAACACAUCAUAGUAACUAGUUUUCUAGUAAUACUGCUAUUAUGUUCUUUGUUCCUAUAUAUAUACGUAUAUAUAUAUAUAGUCAGUCCCUGGUUAUUGGCGGGAGUUCAGUUCCGACAUCCUGAUGAUAAGCUAAAAUUGGUGGUUUAUGGCGUUUUGGCACCGAUAACCGGUUCAUGGUGUCUCUGUUGGGUAUGUAUUGGCGCCAUAACGAUUAUCGGCGCCAAUAACCAGAAAUCUGUGCAUUAUGUUGCCAAAAAUUGCUGGUUAUCAGCGCUAGACAAGCCCCAUAAAACUAGAUUGUCAAUAACCAGUGAUUGCCUGUACAUAUAUGUAUACAUAUGUGUUUGUGUACAACACACAAGUACACACAUACAAUACCUGAGUAUUACUGGCAAAGAAGUAAAUAAAAUUAUGUUUACAGUAUACACAUUUCACUCUUUAUACAUAAGCACUAUAUACGUACAUUACACACCUGUUUAUGUAGAGAGGUCAUAUAUACUGUUUAUAUACUUUAACACUUGAAUUUCAAGUUGUAAGCAGAAGACAAAGAAAUUGAAGCUUGAACUGUAAAUAUGGGACUUUGAUGGAUAGGUGAAUUCAUUUAUAUAUAGUCGUACAUGUUUGGAUGGGACCAUGCAUAGGAAAGUCUUCAUAUAGACAUGCAUAUGGUACUCUCCAGUAUCAUAUCUUGCACAGUUAUUUACUAAUAAAAAGGUAAAUAAAUUUAAGUGAAGCAGAAAGAAAUAAGAAAUAUAUUAAAUACAAUAAUUAUUAAUUAUUAACAUAUUUCCACACAAAGGAAAAUCAAAGCAGGCAAGUAAAUCAUGAUUACAUGUAAAGUUGAGUGAUUUGUGUGAGUAGUUUGAAGAUUACUUAGGAAAAAAGUGGAGGAUAUAAUAUUUUGCAUAGGAAAAUACAGAUCUCCAAAAAUUCGGAUCUAACUAAAUCAAGUUUCUUAAUCUAUAUUGUUAAUGAACACUCAGAAAUGCAAGAUUUUUCAGAAAUGAGAGAUCUAUUCAUGCAGUCAGAGCAAAACUUUUCCUUCAGUAUUGUUCCUCCUUUCCUCCUCUCAAAGGAAUUUUAAGACUACUGUUUUUUUCAUAGCAUAGUAAUUUCAUUUGUGAAGAAAAAACAUUUUAUACUUUAGAAUAGAUUCUUGUUAUUAUAGAUAUAUAGCAGGUUGCCAAAUAUGAAAAUUUUCUAAAUUGACAUAUUUUGUCCAUCAUUAUUAACCAAGCAAUGUGAAGUAUUGAUUGUUGGACACUUAAUGUAUUAAGGUUACCACAUUAAUGUGUUACUCCAAGGGGUAGAUUGGUUAGUAGUUAUAUCUAUAUACUGAGAUUCUUUUUGGAAAAGGCACAACCUAGGAGACAAAUAUGAUGGCCUUUUUUUAAUACUUUUCUUUUGCGGUAUGUGGAAACUUAUUGUGUUAAUAAUUUUCUCAACAUGUAUAUUCUUAGUGCUAUUUAGAACUUGUAUGUGAUUAGUCCUUUAGUUUUUAUUAUGCAUAUAUAAGUCCUUAGCAUGCAACAGCAAUCCUAAAUGAAUUUUAUUGUAAGAGAAGACUGGAAAUGCUGCGUCAUGUUUCAGAGAUUAGUUUCCCUCUGCAGUUUCGUUCAAGAAAUAGAAAGUUUUUAAUUUUUGAAACAUUAAUUGGCAAUUUGUAUUUUGUAGACUUAACUUUAUUUAAAGUCUUUCAUACAUAUUACUUUUUUGUACCUAGGGUAUUUUAGGUAUAAAAUUGAGUGAAAGUUGUAGUGAUUUACAUUUAUUGUGAUGGUUGUAGUUAUUAUUAUUGAUAAAGGAAUACAGUCCACAGUAGUCUUCUAGUAAAUUGGAAUUUUCAAGUUUCUCCACAUUUCGUGAAGGUUAUUGUGGAAAUUUAUUUUUAAUAUAUAUGUAGCAAUGGUGGUUUUUCAUUUUUUUAUUUCCCAUUUAAACAAAAUGUUACGAUUGUUUUUACGGUUGUCAUGAAAGUUCCAUCCACAACUGAGACUAUAACCAUAUUUGUAGAUGAACGAAAUACUAAUUCGGGAAUGAAAGGUGAUCUACAUUUAUGUGGGUCUUUAAUGCUCUUGGGCCAAGGGUAGUUAUAGUUACUCCAAACCUGAGAAACUACUUAUACUUGUAAAUACAGGAUGUGUACAUUAGUUCUAAGUUUUCUUCAAAUUGAGGAAGUUUUCUUCUGAAAGUUGUCUGAACUUUCUGUAGAUCUUUUAACCAACUCUUUAAGUUUUAAAUAUGGCUGCUCUCUUUCAUGUUGUCCCUCAAUUUUUGUGAGGGUUUGAACUUACUGGUAGAUUUCUCUCUCUCUCUCUCUCUCUCUCUCUCUCA